AUGGGAGAGGCUUUGCAGGAGCGCAGAGGAGCUGCCUUGCUGCCCAGGAGCUGCUGCCGCCGCCGGGGAAUCGCCAGCAGACAUGCUGAGCCGGCCGGACGCAGCAUAACGACUACCCCGGCAGCCAGUGUUGCCCAGGCUUUCUUUUACCUUCUGCUGUGUGUCCCCUGGGGCAGCUCCUGCCCCCCCAGCUGCCAAUGCACAGAGAGGGCAGGGGCAAAGGCUGUCCUCUGCAGCUCCCGGCACUUGGAGGAGAUCCCCAAGGACAUCCCCAAAGACGCAGUGUUCCUCAAGCUGGAUGCCAACAGCAUCACCAGGAUCCCCAGCAACGCCUUCAGGCACCUCUCCCACCUGGAGGAACUCGAUCUCUCCAGAAAUGCCAUUGAGAAGAUCGACAGAGCAGCUUUCAAAGGGGUGGCUGCCGGGCUGCGUACACUCGACCUCUCCAGCAACCGCAUCCGCAGCAUCCCCAAGGAGGCCUUGCUGGCACUCAAUGCCAAGCUCCGGCUGGCCAACAACCCCUGGCACUGCGAAUGUGCCUUGCAGGAGGUGCUGUGGGAAGCACGGCUGGACCCCGACUCCGUCCAGGACAUCACCUGCCACACGGCCCCACGAGAGGAAUACGUGGGCAAACCGCUGCUCCAGGUCCUGGAUGCCGGCGUCAACUUCUGCAGCGUGCGCCAGAGGACCACGGAUGUGGCCAUGUUCAUCACCAUGUUUGGCUGGUUCGCCAUGGUCAUCGUCUAUGUGAUCUGCUAUGUCCGGCACAACCGAGAGGACACCUGCAAGCAUGUGGAUUACCUGAAGUCAUUGCCGAGCACCCAGGGCCAUGCUGAGACCACCAGCACUGCCCUGUAG